CUUUCCCUCCUCUGAACCAUACCUAUGUCCAGACUUGACAAGUGAUAUUUGUUCUAACAUAUUCAACCGUCCAGAAUAAACCAUCAUAAACAUCUUUUCGCAUUAUUGCCCCUGGUUCAUUCCGUUUGUCAGGGUCUCAACAUCUAUUCACCUAGCUAUUUGACAACAUCACAACACGCUCAAUUUAUUUUAUUGAUCUACUGUCAAAUCAUUGAACAGCUGGGGUCUCUUCUACGCAAUUUGUCCGUUUCAUCAAACAUCUCAGCCAAUCCGCGCACCACCCUUCGAGAAAAACUCAGGGUCCCAACCAACCACCAUCCAAUUAACCAUCUCCUUGCACCGGCCAUGACCCGUUAGUACCAACCUUGUGGCAAGGGAAAGCAAAGCAAAAGAGACGCAACACGUUUGGACUCCAUCCCAACGGCCAUGGAAGACGGUGAGGAUACCUUCAUGCGGGACGCCAUCUCCCACCCCAUGGCACCGCCUCAUCAGCUGGCUAGAGCUAGCGCGAGCAGACAGUCUCUGCCUGCGCAUUUGAAUGGGAGCGCGGAUCCUUCUCUUGCGCCGUCGAUUUUGGGGCAGGGGGUGGGGAUUCCGCUGCCCCCAAGGUCGGGGAGUGUGCCGGCGACGGCGACGUCUACGAUGGGGACUGUGCCAGUGGCUGGUCCGGCUCCUGGCUCUGGUCACCCAGCAGAGGCGUCAGGUUUGACUAAGUCCGUCAUGCUAGGUGGGGAGAGGCCCGAGAGCCCUAUGGAAGCGAAUUCGGACUGGUCGGACGAAGAGGCUGCGUCUCAUGUUGGCAUUCCGCUUGCUGGUCUUUCAUCGGGACUGUGCUAUGAUGUGCAGAUGCGGUAUCAUUGUGAAGUGCGGCCGACGGCAGAUGUGCAUCCGGAGGAUCCACGGAGAAUUUAUUAUAUCUACAAGGAGCUGUGUCGAGCUGGGCUUGUUGAUGAUCCGGAGUCAUCGAAACCGCUUGUGUCGAGGCCGUUGAAGAGGAUUAAUGCGCGGAAUGCGACGGAGGAGGAGGUUUCGCUUGUUCAUACGCCGGAUCAUUUUGCGUUUGUGGAGAGCACUAAGGAUAUGUCUGAUGAUGAACUUAUUGCACUGGAACAUACUCGUGAUUCCAUCUAUUUCAACAAACUCACUUUUGCAUCGUCACUUUUGUCCGUGGGAGGUGCAAUUGAAACAUGUCUUGCUGUCGCUACUCGCAAGGUGAAGAACGCCAUCGCUGUUAUCCGGCCGCCCGGACACCAUGCAGAACACGACAAGACUAUGGGAUUCUGUCUGUUUAACAAUGUAUCGGUCGCUGCUCGUGUUUGUCAGAGGCAGUUGGGAGAGAGUUGUCGGAAGAUUGUGAUUCUCGAUUGGGAUGUCCAUCAUGGAAACGGUAUCCAGAAAGCAUUUUACGACGACCCCAAUGUCUUGUAUAUCUCUCUGCAUGUUUAUCAAGAUGGGAGAUUUUACCCCGGUGGCGAUGAAGGUGACUUGGAUCACUGCGGUGCUGGUGCUGGUGUUGGGAGAAAUGUCAACAUUCCAUGGCCAAGCCAGGGUAUGGGUGAUGGCGACUACAUGUAUGCUUUUCAGCAAGUCGUUAUGCCUAUUGCGCAAGAGUUUGAUCCCGAUUUGGUUAUCAUUGCCUCUGGCUUCGAUGCUGCUGUUGGCGAUGAACUUGGUGGUUGUUUCGUGACACCAUCUUGCUAUGCUCACAUGACGCAUAUGCUUAUGGGUCUUGCCAAUGGGAAGGUGUCUGUCUGCUUGGAGGGCGGUUACAACUUCCGAUCCAUCUCCAAAUCCGCACUCGCAGUCACAAAAACGCUCAUGGGAGAACCGCCCGACCGUCUUCUCUCAACAUCACCAUCAGAUCUAGCAGCAAGCACUGUCAAACGCGUUAUGAUGGUCCAGUCCCGUUACUGGCGAUGCAUGUAUCCGAAGGAACCGCAGGAAUUGAGUCUUUGGACUGAUAGGCUCCACGAUAUCAUUCGCCAGUACCAGUCCAAGCAGCUGUAUGAUAACUUCAAGCUCACGCCGCUUUACAUUUACCGGACGAAUAUUUCGAAAUCAUUCGAGAAUCAGGUUUUGGCGAGCUCGAAUUAUUACAAACAGACACCCCUUCUUGUCGUUUUCCACGAUCCCCCCGAAAUAAUGGGCCUCCCCCAUCCAACAACCAACAAACUAGAAGCCCACAACUGCUGGCUGGCUGAUGUUGUCAAGGAGUAUACCGGGUGGGCCAUUGGGAAAGGCUAUGCUGUGAUUGACGUGAAUGUUCCAAAACAUGUCACCAAUGAGCAUGUAACUGGGAAAUACGAAGACGAGGAUGAGAACAGACCUACUGCGACUGAGGAAUUGGCGGGGUAUUUGUGGGAUAAUUAUAUUGAACCCAACGAAGCGACCGAGAUUUUCUUCAUCGGCAUGGGCAAUGCCUUUUAUGGUGUUGCGAACUUGUUGAUCAACCGAGAAACCCUCUACCAACGCGUCAACGGCGUAAUCUCCUUCGUCGCCGAGAACCCCGUCCGUGCGAUAGCCUCCCACACACAAGUCUGGCUCUCGCGAUGGUAUAAAGAUAACUCAUUGGUCUUCGUCUCUCACACCCACGGCGUCUGGAGCAACGUCGAAACGCGCCGCAAGCCGUCAAAACGCUACGGGCAUCUUAUUCAAUCACCGACGUCGGGACUUAGCGAGAUGCUUAUGCAUCAUCGCGAAGAUGUGUUUAAGUGGAUUGGGGAUCGCGCGGAUGAUGAGGAGAGUGAGGAGGAAGAGGAGGAAGAGGAGGAGGAGGAGGAGGGGAGGAGGAGGCGGAGGUAGAACAGCAGAGAAGGAAGAGUCAGAGUCAGAGGGGGAGUCUGGGGCAGGGGCAGAGGGGGAGUGGGAGUAAGAGUCGGUCGCCGGUGAAGAGGGUGGCGGCGGGUGAGUAGCCGUGCCAAUGAGCAAAGGUCGUUAACGAGGCGACUGGUGCGGAGCGGUGAUUAAUGAGAGGUUGUGUUGUGUUGUUGUUGUUGUGAUGGUGAGAGUUAAGAAAUCUUU